GUGAAGAUUAGAUGUUUCGAUCAUAACCCGGAAAUGAGAACACUGUUUUUUCCGUGUAUAAACACAGAAAGAAAGUAAAACAAAAAAAGUUGUACAUUUAAUUUUAACCCAUCUUGGAGUGAAUUUACCUUUUUUACUUUAAUUUUUUGUGUCAUAAAGAAAAAGCUGAAUACUGAAAGAGACCAAAAAGAGAGCAUACAUACUAUCUCUCCUACCCUUUAAUCGCACAGUACUCUAGAGAAGACAAUUCUCAGUACAACUAGACACUCUGAACAGAGAUUUGCUGUCGGAAAGUUUUCAUUCUCUCCCUUUAACUCCCCUUAUCGCCGCAUAUAUAUCUUCUAGCUUCAGCUUCAAGUCAACGACUUUGCAAUUCAAGUUGUUUUAAGUUUGCUGUGGAAGUAUCUGCAUCUCUCUGUCUGACCUUUCAAUAACCUAAUGAUUCGGAAAAAAGUGUUCUUAACUUACAAGCGGAAGAGGCUACCAGGUUCUGAUCUUUAUCCGGAAAAUGGGAUUCCUAAUACACCUUCUGAGUUUACAAAAUCAAAGGCUGUGUCCCCUUUGCUGAAGGAAGAGGAGAGGUGUGAGAACCCUAGCUUCAAGGAUGAAAAGAAAGACUUUGAGGAUAAUUCUGAAGAAGCUCACUCUUCAAAGGGUUCCAGAUGGCCUCUUUCUGAAGGAGAACCGAGGAGUUCACAAAAGAGAUUAUGUUCUUGCGUUACUUCAGGCUGUGGAUGUGAUAGUAAAUGCACCCCGAAGUUUUCUCCUUCCCUGUUGACAGGAUUGAAUACUUCGAGAAAACAAGAUUUGGUAACUCCAAAUUCUGGUGGUGAGAGGAGAUGCAAUCUUCAGUGUUCUGAUACCUCUGAUUUGGGAAAACCGACUCUGGAAGAAUCUGACGCACUAAAAAAUUUCUCUGUGAAUGCAGUAAGAAAAAGUAAAUUGUCUUCCAGUCUGAUUACUUUUCAGCGACGACCCAAGCGGGGCAAGGAUGUACGUUGGGCAGAGGCCAAGUGCAAGCUUGAAGUUGAAGAUGUUGCUUGCUCAACAGUUGCAAAUAUUCCAUGUUUUGAUGCUUCUCAUGGCUCUGAAAAAUCAGUUGCUCAGAGUUGCUCGAUGGAUCUUUCUGCAGAUCUUAAGCAUCCAGAGAUAACCAACCUAGGUGACCAUUAUCAAUGUGAUUGUGCUGGAUCACCUUCACUGAUGAAGAUAUUGUUAGAUGUUAAUGAACAGCCUAUCUCAGUGAAGGAAGCUCCACCAAUUGGCAAAGUAGCUGUUACAAAUUCUGGUGUAGGUUUCUCUGGUUUUGACGACUCUGUUGCUUCAGAUGCUUUAAAGGACUCUCCAUUUCAUAGCCCUCAUGACCGUUCUUUUGAUGCUGUAUCCAACACUGAAGUGCCAAUAUCGUCUCCCUUAGAGUUUGCAAGCAACAGAGGUCCCCUAGCUUUAGAUCUAUCUAUACCUUGUGACAGUGAUGACAAAAUGGACUGCAAUAGGUCAGAACAAGCAUUUGAUGAACACCUGAUUUCAACUGUGCUGGAAGUUCAGAAGAACCCUACUUGCUCCUUGAAUGGAAAUGAUUCUAUGGUUUUACAUGAGGUGCCUUCUGACGAAAGUUUGGAAUUUCUUGACAAGAAGCUCGAGAAGAUAACUCCAAUUCACGCAGAGGUGCCUGAAGCGGGUUGCUUAUCUGGAAAAGCAUCUUUGAAAAAUGAGUUGCUGCAGCCUUUGUCAGAAGAUAGAACCUGCAACUUUUUCCCAUUAGCAAGCACACAGGAAAAUGAGAGUGCUAAUUCUAAAGAACGAAUAGCUUCCUCAUUAGAAGAUAAUAAGCAUUUUGCGCUUGAUGUAGCGGAAUCCUCAGAUUUUCUUGGUUUGUCACUGCCAACUGAAUCUCUGGUCGGUUGUCAAGCUUUAGCUUCGAGAUCCUCACAGUUGGCUGAUGUAUGGAAUCAACCAAGGGAAUUUAUUCAAGGAGCAGUUCCUCAGCUUUCUGUUGAUGCAUCAAUGCUUCACCGACAUCAAAUGAUCCUGGACAACAUUCUUAAUAGAGCAAGAUCUCAAAACGGAAACAAGAGGAGAUUUGCAGAAAAAUUAGGGUCUCUGACCAAGUGGUCAGAAGAGGAGCUAGAUUCUCUUUGGAUUGGUGUGAGGAGGCAUGGAAGAGGCAACUGGGAUGUGAUGUUGAGGGAUCCAAGGUUGCGCUUUUCCUGGAGGACAUCAACGGACUUGGCAGAACGGUGGAUGGAGGAACAGACAAGACUUUUACAUGGAAAAUACAUUUCCCCUGUGAGACAGUUACGUACAGCUGAUCUUUUCUCGCAUGAUAUGGAUGGUGUUCAACUUUCACUUGGGCAUGCACAUUCCCAGUCAGAGGACAGCAUCUGGAGCCAAAAACCGUUCCAUUUUCGAAAUGCUCAAAAUACUUCGUCCAAACGGCUUCACCUGGCUACAACAAAUGUAGGGAGCUUAGAGUCUCUUUGUCUCAGGGCAAAACGCAAAAGAGCUAGGUUUGAUCAAUCCGAGAACCCAGCAGGUUCGGGUAUUGAAUGUUCAUUCAGUUCUCGAAUUAUGAACAGAGUGUCUGAAGUGGGUAAUUUGCCUCACUGGCUUAAAGAAGUGGUUGCUAUCCCACCCAGGCCUCCAGGAUUUGCGCCAGAUUCUUCAUGGGUUUUCCAACCGUGGAUUGGUCUACCAUUUUCUGAACCAAACAGAGCUCAUUGCGAAUCAAGGAACAGAUUGAGCGACUUGUACAUUUCACCAAGAACUGAGAAUGAUGGUAGUGCGGAUUGUGCUCAUCUCCCUGCAGUGGCUACGAGAGAGGGGAAGCAACACAAUAAGUCAGAAGCGGAUAGAAGAGUUGAGUUGAUUGUCAUCAAUAGUGACGCCUCAUCUGAGGAGACAGUAUCUGAUGAUUGUAAUGUAUAAGACUAGCUUAAGUUGGAAUUUCAUAGUUCAGCAAUAGUUAAGCUUGUAUAAAAGUUUGUAACCUAAUUAUCUCAGGUACUUCGUGAGGGUGGGAUUAGCUGAAUCAAGUAGUUUUUUUUUCCCCCAAUUAUCGCAAUCCUUUGAUUUGCAAAUUCCUAUCUUAGCAGCUAUUUGCGCUGUAUGUUGUGAACUCACUCUUGUUAGUAACAUUUGAACUCUAUGACAACGUUUGUAUUUGCUUGGCUUUU